GAUCACCUGUACAGUUUGAGAGUCUGCAAAACUGUUCCAUUUUUGUGUUGACCUGUGCUUUAAAUUUAGUAGCGGCAGUAGUGGCAGGUGUGAAUUUAUAGCACACUUUGCGACUGCAUCUUCGGAAAUGACCAACAAAUGAUCAGCUUAACCUACAAGCUUAAAUGUGUUUGUGAUUGACUGGGAGGCUUUUUAUUUGGGCUGCUGAGCCCUGCAACUGUAUUCUCGCGCUGUGAAGACAUUUGCGAGAAUUUGACCACAGCAUUAGAUGAAGCAUGAAUUGAGACUCUUCACAGAACUUCCCGUGAAUGGCAUGGUCCACGCUGAGGUGUGGGGAAGCUCCGAAAGAAUUUCCUCCGUGCAUCAAGCAUGCAAUAAAAGUAACUUCAGCUGAUUAGUGUUAAGGAAAGAUGUUUUCUGAAGAAGCUAAUUUCAGUUACAUUUCGAACGGCACGGAUGAGGACUUGGUGUCUGCGUUAGAUGACGAUUGGAGCGACACUCCGGCUGAGAAAAUGUCACGGACGGGACAUAAUGUGGUCGCAGUUAUUUUGGGAUCUAUUCUGAUAUUCGGGAUCCUGAACAAUUUCAUCGUCCUCGUUCUGUUUUGUAAAUUCAAGACCCUGCGGACUCCUGUGAACAUGCUUCUGCUCAACAUCAGUGUGAGCGACAUGCUCGUUUGUCUGUUCGGCACCACGCUCAGCUUCGCGGCCAGUAUCCGCGGUCGGUGGCUGGUGGGGAAACACGGGUGCAUGUGGUACGGGUUCGUCAACUCAUGCUUUGGGAUUGUAUCAUUGAUCUCUCUGGCAAUCCUUUCGUAUGAUCGUUACAGUACUUUAACUGUUUACAACAAGAGGGCCCCAGACUACAGCAAACCCUUGUUGGCUGUCGGGGGCUCCUGGCUCUACUCACUGUUCUGGACGGUCCCCCCCUUACUGGGCUGGAGUAGCUAUGGACUGGAAGGGGCAGGAACCAGUUGUUCAGUUACAUGGACGGCUAACACCCCGCAGUCACAUUCCUAUAUCAUCUGUUUGUUCAUUUUCUGUUUGGGAAUCCCCGUGCUGGUCAUGGUGUAUUGUUACGGACGGCUCAUCUGCGCUGUCAAACAGGUAGGGCGUGUCAGGAAGACAGCAGCACGACGGAGAGAGUACCACAUUUUAUUUAUGGUCAUCACUACAGUGGUGUGCUACCUUUUGUGCUGGAUGCCUUAUGGGGUUGUUGCAAUGAUGGCCACGUUUGGACGUCCGGGGAUCAUCACACCCAUUGCGAGCGUGGUGCCGUCCCUCCUUGCCAAAAGCAGCACAGUCAUCAACCCUGUUAUUUACAUCCUUAUGAACAAUCAGUUUUACAGGUGUUUCCUCAUCCUGUUUCAUUGCAAACACAGCUCUCUAGAGAAUGGACAGUCCUCUAUGCCUUCAAGAACUACUGGUAUCCAGCUCAACCGAAGGGCUUAUAGCAACACAAUGGCUGGCAACGCACCUCCAUCCAUUGGUCUCCAAAAUGAGUGCAGCACCCCUGUCUCAGGCUGAACCAAUCCACAAAAUAAAAAUUGCACCUUGAUGUUCCAGCUCAACCCUGCCCCAUUCUAAUACAUACUGUUCCAAAUGAUGCCAAGACAGAAAUCAUCUGUGUAGGGUUGUGGAGUGCCUACAAAUCAAAAGCUAAAAAUCAGAACUGUAGCAAAGAGAUCUCUAUAGUCAUCUUUGUGAUGACAAACUGUCGUCUGACCUAGCACACACCAUUUCAGUUAGUAUUUGUAUGUGACUUGUCAAAAUAAAUGUUACAAAGAGCAGGAAAAGUGCAAACAGCCACUAGUGAUUUGUUAAAAUAGAUGUUUAGUGCUGGUACAUUACUUCUGAAUGUGCUUACCCCAUGCUGACUGUAUGUUCCCAACCCAUUUAAGGUUAGGC